GCGGCACCGGCUGCGACCCGAGGCUGCUCCGCUCCUGGACCGGCUGCAUCCCGAUGCAGGGGCGAACCGCAUCCUGAACCGGCGGGAAUCCAUAUCCUGAACUGGCCGCAUCCCGAUCCAGCGGGGCACCCUCAUCCAGAACUGGCUGCAUCCCGAUCGACGGAGGGGAUCCGCGUCCUGAACCGGCCGCACCCCGAACCGACCGAGUCCCGACCCAGGGAGGAUCCGCGUUCCGAACCGGCUGCAUCCCCAAACGAGGAGGAUCCGCGUUCCGAACCGGCUGCAUCCCCAAACGAGGAGGAUCCGUGUUCUGCACCUGCUGCACCCCGGACCGGGGGGAACCCGCACCCUGCGCCGGUCCCGAGCCAGGAGGCACGUGCAUCCCGCAUCCUGCUCCGCUCCUGAACCAGGGCACCCGAAUCCUGAACCGACUGCAACCCGGACCGAGGGGAACCCCCAUCCUGCUCCAGCCCGGAGCCGGAAGGUACCUGGAUCCAGAAUCCUGCUCUGGUCCUGAACGGGCAGGACCCGCCCCGUGCUCUGGUCCCGAACCGGGAGGGACUCGCACCCAGAACCGGCAGGGACCCGCGUCCUGCUCAGCUGGGAAGGACCCGGGUCCCUGAAUGCCCUGAAUCGGGAGGAAUCUGCACCCCGGUGAAGCUGCAGCCGAGCCCGGGGGGACCCGCACCCCAAACCAGCUGUGCCCGAAUUAGGAGGGACCCGCACCCCAAACCAGCUGUGCCCGAAUUAGGAGGGACCUGCACCCCAAACCAGCUGUGCCCGAAUUAGGAGGGACCCGCACCCCAAACCAGCUGUGCCCGAAUUAGGAGGGACCCGCACCCCAAACCAGCUGUGCCCGAAUUAGGAGGGACCCGCACCCCAAACCAGCUGUGCACCCCAGUCCAGCUGUGCCUGAGCUGGGAGGGACCCACACCCUAAAGCAGUGAAGCCCUGGCAUGGCUGGACACCCUGUUCUAGCUGCAUCUGGAGACAGGAGGGGGCACCCCAAAGGGGCUGCACCCUGAACCAGAAGGGACCUGUGCCCUGGACCAGCCUUGCACCCCAAACCAGCUGCCCCUGGACUGGGAGGUGCCCUGUCCUGGACCAGCCCUGCACCCCAAACUGGCUGCACCCUGAACCAGGAGGGACCUGCACUCCAAACCAGGGGUCUGCCCCAAACUUGUUGGCCCCUGAUCCUGCUGUGCCCUGAACCAGGAGGGAUCUGCACCCCAAAGAAUCUGUGCACUCUCAGCUGGAAGGGACCUGCACCCCAAAACAUCUGUGUGCCCUAAACCAGGAGGAACCUGCACCCCAAAACAUCUGUGUGCCCUAAACCAGGAGGAACCUGCACCCCAAAACAUCUGUGUGCCCUAAACCAGGAGGAACCUGCACCCCAAAAUAUCUGUGUGCCCUAAACCAGGAGGAACCUGCACCCCAAUCCUGCUGUACUCUAAACCAGGACGGACUUGAAUGCCAAAGCAUCCCUGUGCCCUAAACCAGGAGGGAUCUGCACCCUAAACCAUCUGCGUGCCCUGAUCUUGCUGUGCCCUAAACUGGGAGGGACCUGCACCCCAAAGCAUCCCUGCACUCUAAGCUGGAAGGGACCUGCACCCCAAUCCUGCUGUGCCCUAAACCAGGAGGGAUCUGCAGCCCCCCCAUCCGUGUGCUGGCUCUGGCUCUGUGGGGACACGAUGGAUGACGCUCUGCCCGUGGAAGCGGAGCUGGAGCAGCAGUGGUUGUCCAACAGCUCCCUGAACGAGUCCCUGUCCAACCAGUUUGUGCAGCCCCCGUGGCAGGUGGCCCUGUGGGCCGUGGCCUACGCGCUGAUCGUGGUGGUGGCGGUGGUGGGGAACGUGGUGGUGAUGUGGAUCAUCCUGGCCCACAAGCGCAUGAGGACGGUCACCAACUACUUCCUGGUGAACCUGGCGUUUGCCGAGGCCUCCAUGGCUGCCUUCAACACCGUGGUGAACUUCACCUACGCCAUCCACAACGAGUGGUACUACGGGCUCUUCUACUGCCGCUUCCACAACUUCUUCCCCAUCGCCGCCGUCUUCGCCAGCAUCUACUCCAUGACGGCCAUCGCCCUGGACAGGUACAUGGCCAUCAUCCACCCCCUGCGCCCUCGGCUCUCAGCCUCGGCCACCAAGGUGGUCAUCGGGGUCAUCUGGCUCCUGGCAUUCCUGCUGGCCUUCCCACAGGGAUAUUACUCCAUGAUGGCAGAGCUCCCAGGACGACUGGUGUGUCUGGUGGAGUGGCCUGAGCCCGGGCCACACGUGUACGGAAAAACGCUGUGCCUACACCGUGGUGGGACUCACCCUCUGGGCCAGCGAGAUCCCCGGGGACUCCUCCGACCGCUACCACGAGCAGGUCUCGGCCAAGCGGAAGGUGGUGAAGAUGAUGAUCAUCGUGGUGUGCACCUUCGCGCUGUGCUGGCUGCCCUACCACAUCUACUUCACCCUGCAGUACUUCCACCCCGAGUGGUACUUCCAGAAGUUCAUCCAGCAGGUCUACCUGGCCAUCAUGUGGCUGGCCAUGAGCUCCACCAUGUACAACCCCAUCAUCUACUGCUGCCUCAACGACAGGUUCCGCGUGGGCUUCAAGCACGCGUUCCGGUGGUGCCCCCUGGUCAGCGCGGGCGAGUACGAGGGGCUGGAGCUGAAGUCAGCCCGGUACCUGCAGACCCAGAGCAGCGUCUACAAGGCCAGCAGGAUGGAGACCACCGUGUCCCUGGCCGUGGGGAUGGCGGAGGAGGAGCUGGAGGAGCCCUCCAAGGCCAAGCGUCUCUCCAUAGACGUGACCUCCAACGGCUCCUCCCGCAGCGACUCCAAAACCGUCUCCGAGAGCUUCAGCUUCUACUCCAACACCCUCACCUGAGGGGCUCCCCGGCUCCAUCAGCCACUCCUGAGGUGCCACCACCCCCCUGCCCUCACCGGGACGCUCCAGGGCUCCACCACGGCCCUGGUUUGUGAUGUGCUGGUGUUUUCUGUGGUGUUUUGUCAUCUCCCACUCGCUCGCUGUCCCCGGGCGAGCCCAGGAGGGAAAGCUUUGGAUUAGUUCCCUGUGUUCCAUCAUGGCCUGUGUGGAGAGGGUGCAGGAAUGGGACAGAGCUGGCUCUUCCUCCAAAACUGUGAUUACAACUUGGCAGGAGCUUCCCAUGUUCUCAGCAAGGAUCUCCCAGUGCAUCCCACGCCUCUGGAAAAUGAGCCUGUCCUGCGCUUUCCCCCUUCCCACCUUUAGUUUCGUUCUGCCUGUCACUCCCAGUUGGAUAUCCGGGGGGAUAUUUAGUUCCAAAAUCCAGGAAAAAUGUUGUUUUCGGCAUCAGGAGCCUGGACAUCCAUUGGGAAUCAUCAUCCAUUUGGAGCUUCAGUCAGAUCCAGGAUUUUCCAUGUGGUCUUGGCUCUUCUCCAGCACCCAUAUGGAUGGUCUCCUGCUCUGUCUCCAACCACAGCUCAUCCCACAGGGCUCUCCCAAAGGAUUCCUGACCUAAGCCAGGCUUUGCUUGCUCUCAAUCAACCACAUGUGCCAAAAACAAUCACUGUGACUUCCUAGAAAGCCCAAGGUGACGCUCCUUGGACAGAUCCUGGAAUCCUGUGGAGGUCUGGAAAAGGAGAGACCACAUUGAAAUGUUUUUCACACCCUGGAAAUGGAUUCCAUCAGAAAAAUAAGGUUUGAAGGGAGAUGAAGAUUUUUCCAGACUCUUUUUAUUCAGAGGAGGGUGAAAUGAUUUACCUCCACCUUCUGGAUUUCAUUUAAUCAGGGAAUUUGUUUUUUUCUGUUGCAGAAAACAUGAAGUUUAUGAUGUGUGCAUGGAUACAUGGAAUAUUUUAGUCCUGCUCAGAUGGAUAAUUUUCCCUGGGGCUGCUCAAGGACCCCUGCUCAAGGGUCAUCAAAUGGAUGAACACACCCUCAGAGGGGGGGGGAAAAAGCAACUAAAAUGAGAUGUGGACAAAUGUGGCUUGUUGGGGACAAACCCACAAGUUUGGGGGCAGUCUGGUUGAUGGUCCAGUCCCUCAUUUUUGGUGUAGAAAUCAGGCUCCUAAAUGGAUUCAGUGAAGGAAUGAGAGAUGAACAGUGGAGACACACACAGGGCAAGGAAAGGUUAUUUUCAAGCAGCUGAACAUCAGACCCUGCUGAGCAGCCAGAGAUCUCUGGGAGUGAAAAAGGAAUGACUUUUGGGGCUUUUCAACUCCUCAGGCUCCAAACUGGCUGUUAGAAGAGCUAGUCCUGGAUAAAUCCCAGCCCUGACGGCUCCUGGAGAUAAACACCCACAUAUUGAAGGAAUUACUCCAGCAGAAAUUCAAUGAAUGGGCAAAUCCAGGACCAAAAAAGGGGAUUGACAAGAACGAUCAUUUUUACCCCAAAUCCUGCCAAGUGCCCUUAGAGGAAGAGCUCUUCCACCCUCUUCCCACAAUGUGCUCUGGACACACCCUGGAAUACACUUUUCCUCCUUAAAUUCUUAAUCCUUGUCGCUUUAGGACACAUUCCCGUGUCUCUGCCUCCCAAACUCCGGGAUCCUGGAGAAGGGGACUGGCAGGACCCUGCCUGGGGGGUUGGUUUUCCAUAACCCCACCAGUCCCAGGGGCGGCAACUGAAGAUUCCAAGGGUUUAACUCCAGGGAUGGACAAGGAAACCUUUCCCACCCAGUCCAUAGGAGCCAAUACCUGAGAAGGUGCUACAAACCAGAGCCAAAAUCUGAUUUAUUUCCAGCUGCCAACCCAAACUCACAAUUUAAUGACACCAAAUAUCUCCACAUGCUCCAGAAAGGUGAAUAAAGCAAGGGGAGAUUGGCUCAAACCCCUCACAGGAGAGUUUGUGUCGGGUUUUGAGCCUCCAGAAGUCAGAAUUUAUGGAAAAAACCCAUAAAUAUCUCUCUAUAUGUGUCUAUUUAGAUAUUUAUAACCACGCUGCCCUUUUGGCCUCUGUGUUUUGUGCCCCAAGGAUGAUCUUUGAGAUGAUCAUGAGAAGGGCAAAGCAAUGACAAGUGUCUUCUCACAGGCAAGGCUCAACUUGAGCCGUGGGAUAACCCCAGGGAGUGAGGGGAGAUUCAAUUCAAACAGACAGUUUACAGCCUGAAAUGCUUCUUGGGCAUCUUGUAUCUCUUGAAACAAAGUGGGGAACAUUCCCACCUGUUGUAAAUAGUGUUGAUGAUCCCAGUGGAGCCUGACCAGGAUGAUGGGAAUGUGUCAGGGGAUCGUCCAAGAGCUGGUGAUCAAUGUAAGAAAACCAAACAGUUGUGUGUAAAUGGGUACAACACCCAAACCUGGUCUUCCUUUCUCCCCUCCAAGUGCCAAGUUAUUUGCUGGGGGAGGCAGGAACAGGGACAAGGAUCUUUUCACAUUUAGGAUCUCGGCCAUCCCAAGAUGGGAUGUUUGGUCCAUGUCCACUCAUGUGACAAACAUAGAAUGGUUUGGGUUGGAAGGGACCUCAAAGCCCAUCCCAUUCCACCCCCUGCCAUGGGCAGGGACACCUUCCACUGUCCCAGGUUGCUCCAGCCUGACCUUGGACACUUCCAGGGAUCCAGGGGCAGCCACAGCUUCUCUGGGAAUUCCAUCCCAGCCCCUCCCCACCCUCAUAGGGAAGGAUUCCUUCCCAAUAUCCCAUCUAGCCCUGCCCUCUGGCACUGGGAAGCCAUUCCCCGUGUCCUGUCCUUCCAUCCCUUGUCCCCAGUCCCUCUCCAGCUCUCCUGGAGCCCCUUUAGGCCCUGGAAGGGGCUCUCAGGUCUCCCUGGAGCCUUCUCUUUUACAGGUGAACCCCCCCAGCUCUCCCAGCCUGGCUCCAACCCUUGGAAAAUCACCAGGCAACGUUUUCACCACCCUUGGGAUGUUCUGGGCAUGAAAAAAACCACAGGAAAGUCUUGUGAAGACUGAAAAGCCUAAAAGCAGAUGCCCCUUCCCAGACGUACGGUCUCUGCUCUGUUCCCAUCUCUCCUCUUGAACCCCUCAGCUCAGUCCAGAGGCUUUCCCAGUUUUACUGAGCCCCUGUCCCUGGUUAGUUGGCAGAUCUCUGGUUUGAAAUUCAGCUGCAAAGCCAGAGAGUUUCUUUGGCUCCUUCCUGGCACUUCCAAAUGCAGAACAGCAGCAUCUGGAGAGACUCAGGGCUGCCCAGAUCCCUCUGCCAUCCCCUCCUUGGAGCCCAGUAUAACUCCCAUCCUCACAAGGGGAGCUGCUGAGCCCAGUUCCAACAGACUCCAAGCCAAAACCACUGCAGGGAGGAGCUCUAAACCCCAAAUUCCAGCCUAAAGCCACCUAAGUCAUUGAUUAUAAGCUCAGCCUUGCAUCCUGGCAUUGCUCUUCCCGCUGAUCAGGAACACAGAGCAGCAAAUCCCCAUCCCCAGCUCAGCUGCUCCAAACCACAACAUUUCCAGCCCAUUUCAGGUGCAACCUUCCAUCCCCCACCAGCAAAACCCAACCAACAGCCUGUUUGGGUGUUUUGUCAGAGAAAUCCGGCAGCUUUGGGACUGGAAGCCAAGCACAGACUCCCAUUGUUUGGGAUCAGUCACAGGAUUGCCGGUGGAUACAGAAAAAACCUGCCCCACCCACCCCUUUAUUCUUAUUUUUAUUGUGCUGCCCCUCCCCAUCUGCCAGCGGAGGUGGAAGUGGAGUAUCCGUUGUUUACAGAGCUUUUCCACAGGGAUGACAUGGAUUUUGGGUGGUUUUAUCUUGCUCUGUCCUUGCCAGAGCCCUCCUGUGAGGUUGCACAACCCCAAAGCCCAGCCCAGGAGCCCCUGGAUUUUAUUUGCUAUUGAAAUAAUAAUAAUUAUUUAAAUAAACCCAACCUUUCAGCCUUCAGGAAUUGAUCCAAAGUGAUUCCUUCAUUCUGGGAUUUGUCAUAAAUCUCCCAUCCUGCCCCAAAAAACCUGUUUCCAGCUGAAUAAUUAAUCCAGUCCCAAUAAUGGAAAGUUUAACUUACAAACAGACCCUUUUGCUGUGCUUUAUCCACCCAAAAUCCCAUCUCUGCUGGAAGAGAAGUCACAGUCAUGGAUAAAACGGUCCAGGAGAGGGACAGGGAAACCCCAGAGCAGCUGAGGGGGAGGGACCACUCUGGGAUGUCUCUGCCCUUAAAAUGUUCCAUCCCAAAAGGGAUCCUGAUCCUGUACAACCUAAAAUUUCCAUCCCAAAAGGGUUCCUGUGCAACUUCAAAUUUUCGUCCCAAAAGAAAUCCUAAUCCUGUGCAACUUAAAAUUUCCAUCCCAAAACAGAUCCUGAGCCUGUGCAAUUCAAAUUUCCAUCCCAGAAGGGCUCCUGAUCCUAUAAGGUGAUACAGGAGGGUUGUGAGAGGACAGGAUGGGCUGUGAGGUCCCUCAGGAGGUUGGAAUUUGCUCUGUGGAGUCAGCUGGAAGGAGGUUUGGGGGGAAUUUCUUCCCAUUGUAGCACCUCCGUGGAGAAAAAGGUCCCAAAAUCUCUGUCUCUUGUCGGGUUUGUCCACGUGGAUUUUCACAAAUAAAUGUUUUUCUGGUGAGA